GCGUUUGGCAUCCUCGACGAGAUGCGGCAGGCCGGAUGCGAGCCAGACGUCUUCAGCUACAGCAUUCUCAUCAACCUGUGCGCAAGGUCGAAGGACUGGAAGACGGCGGUGUCGCUGCUGCGCGAGAUGCCAGGCGCGGGAGUGCCGCCGAACGAGGUCAGCUACAACGCAACCAUCUCUGCAAGGGUGAAGGCGCUGUCGCUGCUGCGCGAGAUGCCUGAUGCAGGCGUGUCACCAAACGUGGUCAGCUACAGCGCAGCCAUCUCUGCGUGCGAGAAGGGAGGGCAAUGGGAGGAGGCGCUGUCGCUGUUCGACGAGAUGCUUGCUGCGGGAGUGCAGCCAGACGUGAUCAUCUACAGUGCGGCCAUCUCUGCGUGCGAGAAGGCUGGCCGGUGGGAGAAGGCGGUGUCGCUGCUGCGCGAGAUGCCAGGCGCGGGAGUGCAGCCAAACGUGGUCAGCUACAGCGCAGCCAUCUCAGCCUGCGAGAAGGCUGGUCGUUGGGAGGAGGCGGUGUCGCUGCUUCGCGAGAUGCCUGCUGCGGGAGUGCGACCAAACGUGGUCAGCUUCAGCGCAGCCAUCUCUGCGUGCGAGAAGGCUGGCCGGUGCGAUGAAGCCUUGUCGCUGCUGCAAAAGAUGCGAGAGGACGGCUUGCAACCAGACGUGUACAGCUUCAACGCAACGAUUCAGGCGUGCGCGGCGGCGCAAUGGCCUGAUGAGGCGCUGAGGCUCUUUAAGGAGGCGCUGAGGUCGGUCGAACCAGACUGUAUCACCUUCAACGCGGUGCUGGACGCUGUC